AGUUUGUAGCAUGUUAAUUUGGUUAUUCUCAAUAUCCUCCUUGUUUACACGAAAGCGACAGGUGUGGGUUGAGACAGCUAUCGGCCCUGGCCCUCCAGGGUCAUCUCUGCACUCCAAUCCACGUUUGAAUCGAGCUUGUGUUACUGUUGCAGCAGUCUGAACCUGCAUGCAAAUGCACAGAAGUAUGGCCUAGAGACUACCGUGAAAUCCCAAGCAAGCCUCCCCCCCCCCCUACAAUGAAAGAUAAUCGGACAAGAUUUGGAGGGGGGCCCUUGCUCGGUCGCGGACCGAAAUUCAAGAUGGCGGCGGAAGAGCCUCUGGGAAGCAUGCACACCUGUGCUUCUGAUGAAAUGCUUUAUUGAAUACAAAUGCAUUUACUGUUUUUACUGAACUGGAGGGAACCCUUGUGUCAAAUUUCAUGUGUAUGACAAGGGGGGAAAGGCGGUCUUCAAAUAUUCGUGGAAACUGAGAAUGCAACCCUGAGGCACCACAGAGUAAACAUACUAAGAAAUCAUGCACAUAUCUAAAGACUCUAAGAACUUAGGUUCCUAGGAACUGCUGCUGCAGGAUUCUGUGGCGGAGAAGAGGUUGAAAAAAGAAACGGCGGAAGAGGGGGGGCACUUGCUUGGUCGUUGGCGCAUGUUUCAAAUGUCCCGAAAAUGGGAAGGGGGCGCUUGCUCGGAAUUUUACGGUAGUAUUGAAGCCUGGUCUUCGCAACUGUGGGGGCUGCACCAUGGAAUAAAAAUCAGUUCCUCUCUUCUGUUUGCAGACAGAUUGAUAACCAGCCCCAACCACACACUCAGUUCAACCUGCCAUUCUUUAUACGUUAACCCGACAACUGGUUCCCUGCCCCUACGAAGUGACUCAACCCGUCCCCGUCGAGUUUGUGUAGACACUUCUAACAUUAGGCAGCCCCCGGCAAGGAUCAAGUUGCGGUACACUAAGCUGCCACCCGUCUGGCAUGAUUCUCUCUCUCCCGCAGAAGUCAUGAGCCGAGUGGAGAUGGCUCGCGCCGCCGCCGUUGCCGUGGCGUCGUGCCCCGACGCCCGCGACUGCCCCAUGUGCGAAUACGUGGCCACGACGCGGUCGUCGCUCAUCAUCCACAUGCGCAAGCACACCGGGGAGCGGCCCUAUCGCUGCCACCUGUGCCCGGCCGCGUUUGCCAAGAGUAGUGACCGCAGCCGCCACUUCCGCACCCACCAACUGCACAAGCCCUUCCACUGCGGCAGCUGCGGCAAGUCGUUUGCGCAGAGGGUGACGCUACUCUCGCACAGGUGCCUGCACACUGCCGCCACGGGCUUCAAGUGUCAGUGCCAGAAGUGCCUGCGACUGUUUGCCAAUGCAGCUUGUCUCAAGGAGCACGCUCGCGAGUGUGGGAGUGAUGCGGCAGGGCACCUAGACUAUUUUAUUGCUCUUUGCCUGUGCUUUCUCACUGCUUCAUUCCAUGAACACAGUGCGUUGUUUGAUGAGAAUCUCAGGUUCAUCACUCAUAGAAAGAUCUCCAUUUCUGCCUACUCACUUUCCUUUCGAAUCUGUCAUUCCUUAUUCCUUUUAAUCUCUUACGUAAACAUGACUGACAGUGUAAGAACUACUUAUCGUAUCAGGGAGCCAGUUUUCUCGCAAGUCUCGAGCAACACAAAAAGAUGCCUUGCAGAGGUUCAUGGUUUUGUCUGUUUCUUUAACCUUGCAGUGAAAGAACCUCCUCCGACCACGGAUGCAUCGCCGUGCCUCUACCGCAAGCUCGGCCCCCGACGCAAGUGCCUCCUAUGCAACUUCGUCACUGAUGCCUCCGGUGACAUCUCCACCCACGUGCAGGUGCACAGUGUCGAGCCAUCCCGUCUUUUCAUUCGUUUGGAGCAAUGCUGGCAGUGCCUAGUCUGCAACCGCUACGCGAAGAGGGCUGCCACUAUGGCCAUUCACAUGCGCACGCACACAGGCGAGAAGCCAUAUGAGUGUCACCUGUGUCCCUAUGCUAUGAGCUCCUCCAACAUGGCGGUGCACCUGCGGAAGCACACAGGCGAGAAGCCAUACCAGUGUUCGCACUGUUCCCGGGCCUUCGCGCACUCGAGCAACCUUCGUACCCACGAAUUCACUCAUUGGAACAAAGAGAUGUUCAAAUGCCUCGUUUGCACGUCUAAAUUCAAACGCGAGACGAACUGUCGCGUCACAUGCGCGGACACGACUAGACAUUGUUCAAGAGCUGGAAGCAAAAAGGAAGAGUGGGCAACCUUCCGUACUGCUUACACCCUGUGUACCAUUUUUCCAGGGACGAGCGAAGCCAGUGCCCCAUCGAUGUUCACCAUUGUGGACAAAGUGCGCCUGUGCAACCUGUGUAACUAUGCUACAAAGAGCUCCUACAACAUGGGAGUACACCUGCGGACUCACACGGGCGAGAAGCCCUACCAGUGUUCUUUCUGUCCACGUGCCUUCGCUCACCCAAGCAACCUGCGCACCCACGUGCAUACUCAUUUGAACAAAGAGAUGUUCAGCUGCCUCACUUGCAGCUGCGUAUUUAAGACACAGACUGAACUGCUGCAGCAUGCAUGCAUACAUAGGUAGACGUUUCACAGCUCGAGAAAUAAGAUUAUUGCUGGAGAAAGCACUCUGGGCUCAUUACGGGAAGAUCCGUCUGAACUGUAGACGAAAUGUGGCAAGUGUUAUUACACACAUGCAAAAGAUUGCCAUUGCUGUUGCAGUAGUGGCCGCACCUAGCCUCUUCACAGCCUCUUGUGAUAUACAAGGCAGGAUAUGCAGAACUAUUGCUUAAAUACAUGCAGCUGUGAUGCAUGCCCUUCAAAAGGAGCAGCCUUUCAUGUGAAUAUUUCUCACUGGGAUUUGAAGGUAUGACUGAGCUGUAUGUUGAUAAACAAGAGUUGGUGUACUGCAUAGAUGUAAGGUAUGCGGCAGGCAUAGUCUGGCAACUUGUUAGCUGUGUAAAGAUCAGCACACUGCAUGUAUGCUACGGGAGAGUCUGCUGCAUGUGGCUGACCUCAGCAGCA